UGUGUGCAUCGCUCUUGCCACUCUUCCUUCCAUUUCCCCCCCUGACCCCAACUCCAUUUUCCUUCCCAGCCAGGGCACAGAUGCCCUUUGCCCUCCCAAUCUCCGUGCCCAUGAGUGUUUGAAUAACACAAGACAACAGGAGUGAAUCUGAGGCUAAGCCCCCAUAGCGGCAAAACCCCCGACCCCACAAAAGGGCCACAAAAAUCGUGAGCCAGAUCAAAACUGCUAAUCUGCCAACUGAGCACAGCCCAGGGUCACAGAAGAGAAGAGGGUGGGAUUUGUGAAAGUUUGUUUCACUUUCCUUCUCGGAAACAAAGGAAAGGAAACUCCCUGCCCGUUGUCUCAGGGCAAAAAGCCAGCAUGGCAAAGCCCCUGAGAGACCAUCUGUUCGACACCAUUAGAGAGCUGGGCGAGUCGGACUUGAAGACAUUUAAAGACAAGCUGAACAAUUUCCAGCCCAAGCCAGGUUAUAACCGUAUCAAAUGGGGAGAGCUGGAAAAAGCAGAUGCUGUAGAAAUCACUCGCCUGCUGGUCAGCUACUACAAGGAGGAUUACGGGGUGGAAGUGGCCGGGAAGGUGCUGGAGGACAUGGACAAGAAGAACCUGGCACACAACCUGCUCCAGGCCACAGGGAAGGGUGGCGCCCAGCAGACACCAGCACCGACCAGCAGCACACGGACCAGAGUCACAGCAGGUGUAGCCGCCCCCAUACCCAGGGAACACAGGCCAGGCUCGUCCAGGGCUGGAGACUCAGGAGACGAGAUAGACCUACGAUAACAUCGAGUUCUGCGCUGAAGCCUUCGCAGCAGACGUGACGCAGUGAAAGAGACGACUAACACUGGACCGUGCCCUGCUGCUCUACCAGCUCCCACUGGCCAAGGAAACCCAGAGCCUUUUCAGUCGUACCAACUGGCCAGGAUAUUACAUUCCAUAUUUUUGGUCAAUAAAACAAUUGCCUCUUUUUAA